AUCUUAGUGAAAAAGACACUGAAACAAACGGACAGCUCCGUGAUGCUGAAACCCUUACCUGUCUCAAGAAGCAGUAUUUAGCUCUUAAUAGCGACUACAUCUUUUUGGAUUUUAAAAUCGCACGAAAAUAAUUUGAUCGAGGUCUUUACAGCACAUUUCCACAUUAGAGGAAACAUGCAUUAAAUCGGAUAACAUACCUCGAACGGUGAACCCGCCCACGACAACGGGAUCCUCUGUAACAAUGCAGUCAUGCAAAAGGUACGUGUCGAUCGUUAUUUUUAUUUCUUCAGUUCAUUACGUAUCGACAUCAGUAAGUCAUUACUCUAUUCCUGAGGAGAUGAAAGAAGGAUCAGUGGUAGCAAACCUUGCUACCGAUCUCAGCAUGGAUGUUAAAACACUGAAUCAGAGGAAGAUGCGUCUCGACAUCAUUGCAAAUAAGAAAUAUCUGGAUGUGAACAAAGAGACGGGUGAACUGUACAUUGUUGAGAAGAUAGACAGGGAAUAUAUUUGCAUCACAAAAGCAUCUUGCUAUCUCAAACUGGAAGUAAUACUAGAAAAUCCAGUACGAAUAUUUAAUAUAGAACUAGAAAUUCUGGAUAUGAACGACAACGCCCCACAGUUUCGAAGAGACGUCAUACAUUUAGAUAUUUCCGAAGCGACGCCAAAAGGGGAGAGAUUCUCUCUCAGCAAUGCAGUUGAUCCUGAUGUUGGAAGCAAUUCAGUGAAAACAUAUCAUCUGAGUGAAAGUGCACAUUUUAAUAUUGAAGUUCAGACCGGGAGAGAUGGGUCGAAGUUUGCCGAAUUAAUCUUAACAAAGAAUUUAGAUCGAGAGCAGCAAGCUGUUCAUAAUUUAAUACUCACAGCUGUAGAUGGAGGCACACCUGCACGUUCUGGCACUGCAAGUGUUAUAGUUCGUGUUUUAGACACAAAUGACAACGCUCCUGCUUUUGACCAAGUGAGUUACAAUCUAAAAAUAAUGGAAAAUUCUCCCAUAGGGAGCCUUGUUAUUCAUCUUAAUGCAACAGACUUAGACGAGGGUUCAAAUUCUGAUAUCACGUACUCAUAUAGUUUAUAUACGUCAGAGAAAACACAAGAAACAUUCAACCUGAAUCCUUCCACUGGUGAAAUUAAUGUUAAAGGAAUGUUAAAUUAUGAGGAUUUCAGGAUUUAUGAUAUGGAAGUUAUAGCAACCGACAAAGGAACCAAUAGUUUGUCAGGACAAUGUACCAUAAAGAUUCUGGUUGAAGACAUGAAUGAUAAUCACCCAGAAAUAUCUAUUAAAUCAUUUCAGAGUCCAGUCAAUGAAAACAUAGAAUUAGACACAGUGAUAGCUGUAGUUAGUGUCAGUGAUAAAGACUCAGGUGACAACGGAGUGGUAGAUCUGCAUAUUCCAGAUAACAUGCCUUUCAGACUGAGGGAGUCCUCUGAUAACUAUUAUGAAUUAGUAGUGUCAGAGCCGUUAGACCGCGAGAAGGUCCCAGAAUAUGACAUCACUUUCACUGUUACAGACAGAGGUUCUCCUCCUUUAUCUGACAAUGAAACUAUGACGUUAGAGCUGCUGGAUGUGAAUGACAAUGUUCCACAGUUCCCUCAAUCAUUUUAUACUAUACGUGUAACGGAGAAUAACGCACCUGGGGCCUUGCUGAGUUCACUCUCUGCGUUUGACCCUGACCUCCAUGAAAACCAGUAUCUAGUUUAUUUCAUCCUAGAGAAGGAGAUAGCCAACACCUCCAUGUCCAUGCUGUUCUCCAUCAAUCCAGAGAACGGGAACCUUUACGCACUAAAAACUUUUGACUAUGAGAUCGAGAAGGAGUUUCUUUUCCACAUCGAGGCCAGAGACUCUGGCUCUCCUCCACUGAGCAGUAACGUGACCGUGCACAUCAUUAUUGUGGACCAGAACGACAACGCUCCGGUUAUUGUGUCUCCGUGGCGCGCGCACGGCUCUGUGGUGGAGGAAAAGAUCCCCAGAUCCACCGAUAAAGGCUCUCUGGUUGCCAAAGUGAUAGCCUUAGACACCGACUCGGUGCACAACUCUCGGAUCACCUACCAGUUCCUACAGGUGACUGACGCCACCUUGUUCAGUCUGGACCAGUACAACGGAGAGAUCCGGACUAUGAGGAUGUUCAGUUACAGAGACCCGCGCCACCAGCGACUGGUUGUUGUUGCCAAAGACAACGGGCAGCCUGCUCUGUCUGCCACAGUCACCAUCAAGCUGUCCACAGUGGAGACUGCCGUGAAGGCCUACUCUGACAUGACUGAGGUGCCUCUGGAAUACGACAUCUUUUCAGACCUAAACCUGUAUUUGGUCAUCGGUCUGGGCUCGGUGUCAUUUCUCCUGCUCAUCACCAUAUUGGUCACCAUCGUGCUCAAGUGUCAGAAACCCAAGCCCAGCAAAGCGGCUCCUCCCUGCAGGAACAGUGUGAUCAGUGAGAGGAACUCCACCAUCGCAGAUUCCACUCUGGUCUCCAACGAUGCCUACUGGUACAGUCUGUUUCUAGCGGAGACCAGGAAAGGGAAGCUGGUGGUUAGACAGCCUGUGCCAAAGGGCUCCAGAUACAUCGUGUCCAGUCUACCGAGAGGCACAGGACUGACAGACACUAGCGACUCAGCUGCUUCCACUCUGCAGUACCCUAAAUGAGGGAAGUCCACUCUGCAGCUGGAGGCAUCCACAACCAGCAGUAGCAGUUCCACGUAAGGCCAUACCACCAACUGCAUAACUUGACUGAUGCAGACAGGAAAGCUUCACGGAGGAAAGGAGAAACCCCUGCCCAUGAUCGCACCCCAUAUCCAUCCUGCUCAGUCUGAUACUUGUUCCCCAUAAUGUUUAGUUGUCAUGCUAUAAAACCAAAUGGACUAUGGUGGCCCUCCCCCUCUCCUUCUUCAAGCACAUGAAAAGCCAAUCAAUGAUGCCUCUCUGUCCAUUCAAUGUGCAUGAUAAGACUGCAUGGCUUCAAUCACAAUCCAAAACCUUCAUACAAAAAAAAAAAUUCAAGAGGAGACACUCACAAAGAAACAGACAAAAAAUUACACCUAUGGAUAUUCAAAGAAGCCUCAACAAGAAGUACUAGAGUGGACACAGGACUGUUGAAAUGCCUUUAAGAGACUGUUUCCCCUCUCUAAAAAUGAAACACAUGUUGGAUAUUACAUUUUAACCUCUGUGCUUUGUCUUGCUACAUAACAGCAUUCAUGUAUAUAAUAAAAAGUGAAACAGCACAAUUAACUAACUGUCAGAAAAGCACCAACCUACAAUUUCAAAGGGGAAUCAGUAUUUCAUAAAUGUGGUAGCUUUUAGUAGCUGUAUGUUUUGUAUUUGACUUUGUGCUUUGUAUGUGAGCUAGGCCUAAAUAUAUGAAUGAGAGUUCUAAGAGAUUAAAGUUAACCAGUACAUCAAACAGAUAAAUGUGAGGCCUUUAGCUAUUAUGUAUCUGCCUUUCAGUUGUUUUUGCAUGGGAUAAUCAAAGUACUUUGAUAGCUGUAGAUAUUUUACAAAUUGAGCAAGCAAAUUUCUGUAGUUAGGCCUCACUUUAUUUUUUUUAGCCGAGACGGAAGAUUACAUUGUAAUGGGACCACAUUGAAGAAGUACAACAGCAUACUAUUUUCAUCCAGUGUCCUAAGAUAUUCAGAAAAGGUCAACAGAUCUGUAUUCUCAUUCCUUUUCCCUAGUUUCUAGGCAAGAGGAAAGUGGCUAGCAGCAGUGGGACAUUCUUAUGGAUUCAGUAUGUUAGUGUAUAAUGUGAUUGAAUGUUAUGUUCCCUUGGCUAUCACUUAAGAAUAUGAGUCUUUAGGAGUUUGUACAGUGAGUCUCUGAGAAGGGGUUGAUUAAUAUCUCCUUAUGGCUACUGUAUAUACAUCACAUCAACAUGACCAUGUACUUUCAUUUUUUUUUU